AUGUCCGUGGGCUGCUGCAUCGCCGGGGGCGUCACGAACAAGAUCACGGCGAAAUGGACCCUGUUCAUCGGGGCGGCCUUCUACACGCCGUACGCGGCCGGGCUGUACUGCAACAACCGCUACGGGAACGAGUGGUUCCUGCUGCUCGGCGCCGGGUUCUGCGGUAUCGGAGCGUCGCUCCUGUGGGCGAGUGAAGCCGCCAUCGCCGUCGGAUACGUGGGGAUCUGGAUGGGCAUUAGGCAGAUGGGUCCCCUCGUGGGCGGCGCCAUCUCGCUGGCAUUGAACAUCAAGACGUCGCAAAAGGGCAAGGUCGCCUCCACGACCUAUUUGGGCCUCGUCGCCAUCUCGUCGCUUGGAGCGCCGUGCGCCUUGCUGCUGUCACAGCCCCAGAAGGUCGUCAGAGCUGACGGGACGAAGAUCCCGUACAUGAAAAAGACCAGUUUCGGCAUCGAAGCACGCGCGAUCUGGAAGCAGAUGAGGAACAAGUACAUGUUGCUUCUCAUCCCCGUCUUCCUGGCCGGGCAGUUUGGCACAACGUAUCAGGGAAACUACCUCACAACAUAUUUCACCGUCCGAUCCAGAGCCCUGGCAUCGUUCCUGACAGCAGUCGUCGGCGCGUUCGCAAACGUAGCCACCGGCGCGGUCCUGGACAUGAAGCGGUUCGGGCGUCCCGCCAAGUCCAGGGCCGUCUACGUCGCCGUCCUCGCCUGCGUCACCGCCGCCUGGACGUGGGUCGCCGUCGUCGAGACCCGCCUCUCCGCCAUGGCGGACCCGCCGUCCCUGGACAUCGGCGACGGCCCGUUCUUCAACUCGGCGUUCGCGGUGUACAUGGUCUUCAAGCUCUUCUACGAGGCGCUGCAGACGUACAUCUACUGGCUAAUGGCCGAGAUCAAGGGCGCGCAGGGGGACGGCGACGUCGCGCGCACGACGGGGAUCCUGCGGUCGUGGGAGUCGGUCGGGAGCACGGUCGCGUACGCCGUGGGCGCGACGCACUGGCCGAACAAGAACCAGAUGGUCCUGGGCUUCUCGCUGUGGGCCGUCACGAUCCCCUUCACGCUUCUCGCCGUGUUCGGCGAUUGGAACCAGGGCGGCGGGGACGAGGUUGGCAACCCGGACGAGACUGACAGCGAUCUGGAAAGAGUGGCCGUGCAGGGAAAGACGGAAGCCGUUUGA